AAUGGACGUUAAAUCUAAGGUGGAAACCGAUAGGCCACUCUCCGAGGAAAACUCCAAUAAGAACGAUACUGAAAAUGGAGAAAAUGUUGGAUUAGAUCAGAUAGCUUCCUCCAAGGAAAAGGAAGCAGUUGAAAUACAUAGACAAAACAUAGAAAGAGAAAGCGUCGAUGCCGAGUUGGAUAAAGAUGAAUUAAAAGUGUUGAAAGAAGAAGAAACAGGAGAAAAAGCGAGAGACACUGACCGAGAAUUAGGAAAGGAGUUGACGAAUAAAAAGUUUAAAUUAGUAAACAAUUUAAAAGUAAUAUGUAAAGUUUUAUUCUGCCUAAUGGCAUUUGUUCAAGCGGGAAGAGAGUACGUGUUGAAUAGUUUAAUACUGUCUUACUGUGUAAAAUGCCUUAAUUGGGAAAAGUCGGAAGGGGCCGAUGUGUCUAUGGUUGUUUAUCUGACCUAUACUAUAUUAAGAUUGCUCAAUAUAUUUAUUUUAAAGAAAAUUAGAGUUAUCUGGUUGAUUAUAGGAAAUAUUUUAUUGGCACUGAUUUGCGCAGUGUUCUUUAUAUCGAUUAACCAUUCGAAUAAAGUGUUGAUGUGGGUUGGAAUUUUGGUAAAUGCUUUAUCCGUUGGAACUACUUUUACAGUUUCUCUAAUCUGGUCGAGAUCCUUCCUAAGAAUUACCCCAAAAUUUGUUUCCAGCUUCUUCUUGUGCUUUUACAUCGGAACAUCUAUUCUACCAGUCCUCGCAGCCUAUUUGUUUACAGAAGUACAUUGUUUCUGGUAUCCAACAAUUAACCUAAUUCUCUCCUUUGCCUGGAUGCUAAUCACUGGCAUAUUACUUUUUAUAAAAAUCACAAAAAAGGCUUAUAUAGUUGUUUAA